UCAUCAAACUGUCACCGCACCACACAACCCUUCUUUUACAUUGAAUAAAAUUUCAUUCUUCGAAAACCGAGAGGUGCAAGCACAAAUCGCGUGUUUCAUCAAAAUUUUGCCACGUAAAUUUAAGUGCAAGCUCUCAAACUAGAAACUUAAGUUUCAACAAUGAUUAUCUACACGAACGAAGGUAAUCCUUUUGGAUUAAAACUCUUAGUGUUAACAAAAUUCGCCAAGAAGGAUGUCCAAGUGAAAAAAAUUAACCUCAAUGAUCCUGCAAUUAAAGGCCUUAAGCAAUUGCCCAUCCUAGAGCUAGACUGUGGGCUGCAAUUAUUUUCAUCAACAGCGGCAGCGAAAUUACUCUUUCCCAACGAGGGCAAGUUAAGGGAUGAGUGGUUGGAAUGGUCAGCUACGCAGUUGGCUCCAGCGUUGGCUCACAACAUGGGCGUUGGCCAUCGUGCAGACCCAAAUGCUCUUCCAGUUCUUAAUGCGUUGGUCAAGAAACUCGACGAUAGGUUGAAGGUGUCUCCAUUUUUGGCCGGGGAUAAGAUAACCACAGCUGACUUGUGUGUCUGGUGUCUUCUGGCACCGGAUGGAACCCUCAAAGGUGCUCAAAAUAUCGAGAACCUACUAGCAUGGUAUCGUAAAAUCACCGCACUUCCUGAAAUCAAAGCCGCUCUCGAGGAACAACCUCUGAAGGAGCUCAGUUUCAACUCCCUUCAACACUCGAAUCGAUUCGGCGGACUUCACCAUGUCGUCCUCUCGACUCCGGGCGAUGACUCAUCCAAACUUCUCGCCGAAUCGGGCGGAAAUAUUGCCGAAACCAUCACAGAGGAGGAGAAGAUCGCCGCUAAGAAAGUCUUCAGGUACGAUAAAGAAGAACCACGCAAGGAACCACGAACUGUGCUACCCAUUAAGGGAGAACGCAACGUUUUGAUCACCUCAGCUCUGCCUUAUGUGAAUAACGUUCCACAUCUGGGAAACAUCAUUGGUUGUGUGCUUUCGGCCGACAUCUUUGCGAGGUACGCUCGCACCUGCGGUUACAAUACUCUGUAUGUGAGUGGUACCGAUGAGUACGGUACUGCGACUGAGAACAAAGCACUGGCCGAAGGUUUGACUCCUAAAGAGAUCUGCGACAAGUACUUUGAGUUGCAUAACUCCAUCUAUCGGUGGUUUGGCAUUGGGUUCGACUAUUUUGGAAGAACUACCACAGCAGAACAAACUGAAGUUGUUCAAGAGGCUUUCGAUGAUAUUUACAAAGCUGGCUUCAUCCUCACCGAGAGUGUGGAGCAGCUGCUGUGUCAGAAGUGUGAUCGCUUUUUAGCUGAUCGCUUUGUAGAAGGAACCUGCCCUCAUCCUGGUUGUGGUUACGAAGACGCUCGUGGUGAUCAAUGCGAUAAAUGUGGAAAACUAGUCAACGCUAUCGAACUCAUCCGUCCGCGCUGCAAGACUUGCAACACAGCGCCCGUGAUCCGAAGCUCGGAACAGUUGUUCCUCGAUCUGCCCAAGAUCGAACCAAAACUCAAGGAAUGGAUUGAGAAGUCGGAGAGUGGUUGGACGAAUAACGCUCGAGUCAUUACCCGCUCAUGGCUGCGGGAAGGCCUCAAACCACGAUGCAUUACCCGUGAUCUGAAGUGGGGUAUCCCUGUGCCGUUGAAAGGCUUCGAAUCGAAGGUGUUCUAUGUGUGGUUUGACGCUCCGUAUGGCUAUGUGUCUAUAACCAAGCGAUACAGUAAAGAUCACUACACUGAGUGGUGGCAGCCAGCGGAGGGAGUGAAUGUUGAGCUGUUCCAAUUCAUGGCAAAGGACAAUGUCCCAUUCCACUCGGUUAUGUUCCCAUCAUCGUUGCUGGCGACAGAUAAGGGACACACCCUGGCUUCGCACAUCAUGGCCACCGAGUACUUGAACUACGAGGAUGGCAAGUUCAGCAAGAGUCGAGGUAUUGGAGUCUUUGGCAAUGAUGCUCAGGAAACCGGUAUUCCAGCCGAUGUAUGGCGAUUCUAUUUGGCAUCAGCACGCCCAGAAGGACAGGAUUCUAGUUUCAGUUGGAAUGAUUUGGGAGCGAGGAAUAACUCAGAGUUGUUGAAUAAUCUGGGCAACUUCGUCAAUAGAGCUCUGGUCUUCCUAGAGAAGAACUACGACUCAACCAUUCCCAACAUGAAGCUCACUCAGGAAGAACUGAUUUUGUUGGCUUUGGUGAAUCGUGAAUUCAAGGGCUAUGUGCAGUCGAUGGAGAAGGCACGUCUCAGGGAUGGAGUGCGGCAUAUUCUGUCGAUUUCAAGACACGGUAAUGGCUAUAUGCAAGCUCAGCAGCCUUGGGUGCUUCUUAAGGGCACAGACGAUGAGAAGGCUCGAGCUGCCACUAUUAUCGGUGUGAGUUGUAAUAUCGCUUGCUUGCUGGCGAGUCUCCUAUUCCCUUACAUGCCCACGACAGCGAGGACAAUGUUCGACCAACUCAACGUCAAGCAACCGCUUAUCACUCCCGAGAAACCAAUGAUCCGUAUUCUUCUCAAAACCGGUCACAGAAUUGGCAAACCUGUUCCGAUCUUCACCAAGAUCGAACAGACUCGUAUUGACGAACUCAAGAAGAUGUACGCCGGUCCCCAGGUUGUAAGUUCGAGUUCUGGUGGUGCCCAGUCGGUGGCUGAAUUGGAAAAGGCCAUCGCAGAACAGGGAGACAAAGUGCGUGCCCUGAAACAGAGCAAGGCUGACAAGGCGGUUUGGCAGCCAGAAGUAAAUAUCCUGUUGGAUUUGAAGAAGAAGUUGGAGGCAGCUCAAUCUGCAGCAGCAUCGAAUUCGAGUUCUAGUGCGGCGGCGUCAGUGCCUGUGGCUGAGCUUGAAGCGGCAAUCGCUGCUCAAGGGGAUAAGGUUCGUGCCUUAAAGCAAAGUAAGGCCGAGAAAGCGGUCGUUCAAGCUGAAGUUAAUAUUCUUUUGGAUUUGAAGAAACAAUUGGCAAAUGCCCAAACUGCUGUUUCUUCUCCGGCUAAAAGUGCCCCAGCAGCAAGUUCUUUGAGUGUGGCAGAUCUGGAAAAGGCUGUGAGUACCCAAGGUGAGAAAGUUCGUGCUCUCAAGCAGAGUAAAGCAGAUAAAUCGGUGUGGCAACCUGAAGUCAACAUUUUAUUGGAUCUUAAGAAACAACUUGCCAACGCUCAAGCCCAAGCACCUGCGACUGCAGCUGUUCCUGCAGAACCAACAAAGACACCCACAAAGACACCAACAAAGACCCCAACAAAAACACCAUCACCAACUCCAGCCGCAUCCAUCGAUGAGGGCAAAGUAAAGGAAUUGGAAGAAAAAAUCUCAAAGCAGGGUGAAAAAGUCCGUCAACUGAAGAGUUCUUCCGAUGCCGCCGUCUGGAAGCCUGAAGUUGAAGUCCUUUUGGCCCUCAAGAAAGAACUUUCCGCAAUUACUGGUGUCACAGAAGCACCAGCUUCAGGAAAGAACAAGAAGAAGAAAUGAUAUCCGGUUAUUGGUUUUAUUUCAACACUUUACGCCCCACGAUAUUGAGAACUGAUUUUCUACCUCUUUUAUUUUGUCUCUUUCUUUCUUGUUUCUUAUUUCUUUUUUUUUUAAAUUCGAUUGAUUUAAUAAUUUAUUUAUUUAUGUUUCGACUUUUUUCGUUUUUCAAUAUUUUUCUUAAGAAAAAGACGCAUUUUGUUUAUACAUAAUUUUUCUUUUUGCAUUUAUUGUGAAAAAUAAAUAAUUUUUUUUCGAAAUGA